AAAUAAUUAAAAUAAAAUGGAUGCGAUAGUACAGCUGCCUUACGAUGCUACGGUACGGGUGAUGCUGGGUUCUCUAGAGCGCAACCUCUUGCCGGACACUGUUAUACGGCGGCUCAUUCGACUGCUCUUAGCCGCCCGACUUCGCUCCGGUUACAAACCAUCCUCUGAGCUACAACUCUCUGAUCUUCUCCAAUUUGUGCACUCUUUAAAAGAGAUGCCUAUAGCUGUGAUGACUGAGAAGCCAAAGUCCCAACAUUAUGAGCUCCCUACCUCUUUCUUCAAGAUUGUUCUUGGAAAACACCUCAAAUACAGCUGCUGUUACUUCAAACACAAGUUGAGCACUUUAGAGGAUGCUGAAAAAGCAAUGAUGGAAUUAUAUUGUGAAAGGUCACAGUUGAAAGAUGGACACACUGUACUUGAUGUUGGUUGUGGCUGGGGCUCCCUUUCUCUAUAUAUAGCACAAAAAUAUAGUUCCUGUAAAGUUACCGGUAUUUGCAAUUCAGUCACCCAAAAAGCACACAUAGAUGAGCAGUGCCGGGAGCUUCAGCUGCAGAAUUUGGAGAUCAUAGUUGCAGAUAUUAGCACAUUCGAGAUGGAAGAAUCCUAUGAUAGAAUAUUGUCUAUUGAAAUGUUUGAGCAUAUGAAGAACUAUGGAGAUCUCCUGAAGAAGAUGUCAAGAUGGAUGAAGGCAGAUAGUCUUCUUUUUGUUCAUUAUUUUUGCCAUAAAGCAUUUGCUUACCACUUUGAGGAUGUGAAUGAUGAUGAUUGGAUCACUAGGUACUUCUUCAGUGGAGGUACAAUGCCUUCUGCCAAUCUCCUCCUUUAUUUUCAGGAUGAUGUUUCUGUGGUUAAUCAUUGGCUGGUUAAUGGAAAACACUAUGCACAGACAAGUGAAGAAUGGCUUAAGAGAAUGGAUGAGAACAAGAGUUCCAUAAAGCCAAUAAUGGAGUCAACUUAUGGGAAGGAUUCAGCCGUUAAGUGGACUGUCUACUGGAGAACGUUUUUCCUUUCAGUUGCUGAACUGUUUGGGUACAACAAUGGAGAAGAAUGGAUGGUUGCACAUUUCCUCUUCAAGAAGAAAUGAAUUUGCCAAGCAAACUGUACCAAGUAAUAAGCAUGUCUACAUGCAUUUGCACUAUUACCAUAAAUUAAAGUAGAAUGUGUUGCUAU